UCAGUCCCGCCCAUGGACAUCCAUGGUCCCGCCCCACCAGUCUGUGCCAUCUUGUAUUUAGCAAGAACAAAAACGGUGUGAGAAACAAGUCCAGCCUAGGGAUGGGGCGCAGAUAAUAAGUCUAAUUUUAAGAGUAUAUUUUUAAAAAAAGGUUAGGUGUAACGGGACAACAUGCUUGACAGUGGGACACCGCGGAGAAACAUCAGCCACACCCCGUAGAAUAGCUAAUGUUAACGUUAGCUCGCAAGCUAUCAAAGCUAAGCUAGCCAAUUAGCUAAGGCUAGUAACCCAGUAACGUAAGAGAGACAGCUGGCGAGCUUAAAGUUUCUAUUUGAGCCAGCUAAACUAGCGGUGUAAUUUGAAAAUCGUUAAUUAAUCUCACUGUCGCCCUGAAAUCAGGAGGGACUUAGGUGGAAAUGGGCCAAACGUCGUGCUGAUUAUCCGCCGAGAGGAGAACCGGGCUAUGAGGAUAGAGGCUCGCUAGCUUGGCUGCUAACAGUUGUUUUUCGUUCCAUACGGAACCACAAUAAGCCGCGGCCCUGGCCAUGCCCUCGAGUGCACGGGCGGGCAAUCUGAAGGACCCGGAUGUGGCAGAUCUCUUCUGCAAAGAUGAUCCGGAGAAGCUGUUCGCUGACCUCCGCGAGAUCGGCCAUGGCAGCUUCGGAGCGGUGUACUUUGCCCGAGAUGUGCGCAACAAUGAGGUGGUGGCCAUUAAGAAAAUGUCCUACAGCGGCAAGCAGACAAACGAGAAAUGGCAGGACAUCAUUAAAGAGGUGAAGUUCCUGCAGAAACUUCGCCACCCCAACACUAUCGAGUAUCUGGGAUGUUACCUGAAAGAGCACACAGCAUGGCUGGUGAUGGAGUACUGCCUCGGCUCGGCCUCGGACCUCCUCGAAGUUCACAAAAAGCCACUCCAGGAAAUUGAAAUAGCUGCUAUUACCCAUGGUGCACUGCAGGGAUUAGCAUAUCUUCACUCUCACAAUAUGAUUCACAGGGACGUGAAAGCGGGAAACAUCCUGCUGACGGAGCCUGGUCAAGUCAAACUGGGGGACUUUGGUUCUGCUUCGAUCGUGGCUCCGGCCAACUCCUUCGUGGGGACUCCCUACUGGAUGGCUCCAGAGGUGAUCUUGGCCAUGGAUGAGGGCCAGUAUGACGGCAAGGUGGACGUCUGGUCGCUGGGCAUCACCAGCAUAGAGCUGGCGGAGAGGAAGCCCCCACUGUUCAAUAUGAAUGCUAUGAGUGCCUUAUAUCACAUCGCUCAGAAUGAAAGCCCCGUCCUUCAGUCCAAUCACUGGUCUGAUUCCUUCCGCAACUUUGUUGACUCUUGCCUACAGAAGAUUCCCCAGGACCGGCCUACCUCGGACGUGCUGCUGAAUCAUCGGUUCUUGUGCCGUGAGCGUCCGAUGACGGUGAUCAUGGACCUGAUUGCACGAACCAAGGAUGCAGUGCGGGAGCUGGACAACCUGCAGUACCGCAAGAUGAAGAAGAUCCUCUUCCAGGAGACCCAGCAGAACGGCCCUGUGUCCGAGGGAGGGGAGGAUGAGGAGGAGGUGGAGCAGUACCUGCUGCGGACAGGCACAGUCAACAGCAUGGAGAGCUCCCAGUCGGUGCCCAGUAUGUCCAUCUCAGCCAGUUCUCAGAGCAGCUCAGUCAACAGUCUGGCCGACGCCUCCGAUGACAGCAGCAGUGAGAUGGCCAUGAUGCAGGAGGGCGAGCACACCGUCACCUCCAACAGCUCCAUCAUCCACCGGCCCACGGGUCAGGAUAACAUCUAUGAUGACCCUUACCAGCCAGAGAUGGACCAACCCCAGGCUCCUUCAGCUGGACGCCGUCGAGCCUACUAUCGCAACCGUGACCACUUCGCCACCAUCCGAACCGCCUCCUUGGUGACCCGUCAGAUCCAGGAACACGAGCAGGGCUCGGCGCUGCGAGAGCAGAUGUCCGGGUACAAGCGCAUGAGGCGGCAGCACCAGAAGCAGCUGAUGGGGCUGGAGAACAAGCUGAAGGCUGAGAUGGACGAGCACCAGCUGAAGCUGGACAAAGAGCUGGAAAACCAGAGGAACAGCUUCUCCACUGAAGCCGACAAGCUGGUCAAGAAGCACCAGGCCAUCCUGGAGAAAGAGACCAAAGCAGCUCUGACGGAAGAGAAGAAGUUCCAGCAGCAAAUACUGGGCCAGCAGAAGAAAGAACUGACCAGUUUACUGGAGUCACAGAAACGCCAGUAUCGCCAGCGCAAGGAUCAGCUGAAAGAGGAGCUGAACGAGAACCAGUCGACUCCGAAGCGGGAGAAGCAGGAGUGGUUGAUCCGUCAGAAAGAGUGUCUGCAGCAGAUGCAGGCGGAGGAGGAGGCGAGCCUGCUCAGGAGGCAGAGGCAGUACUACGAGCUGCAGUGUCGCCAGUGCAAGAGGAAGAUGCUGCUGGCUCGCCACAACCUGGAGCAGGACCUGCUCAGGGAGGACCUGAACAAGAAGCAGACCCAGAAGGAUCUGGAGUGUGCCAUGCUGCUGCGGCACCACGAGUCCACCCAGGAGCUGGAGUUCAGGCAGCUGGGCUCGGUGCAGCGAACCCGGGCCGAACUGAUCCGAACGCAACACCAGACCGAGCUGACCAACCAGAUGGAGUACAACAAGCGGCGUGAACAAGAACUUCGACAGAAACACGCCAUGGAGGUCCGGCAGCAGCCCAAGAGCCUCAAGUCCAAAGAGCUGCAGAUCAAGCGUCAGUUCCAGGAGACCUGUAAGAUCCAGACUCGUCAGUACAAAGCCCUGAGGAACCACCUGCUGGAGAGCACUCCCAAAUCCGACCACAAGGCCGUCCUCAAACGCCUCAAAGAGGAGCAAACACGUAAGCUGGCCAUCCUGGCCGAGCAGUACGACCACUCCAUCAACGACAUGCUGUCCACACAGGCUCUGCGGCUGGAUGAGACCCAGGAGGCGGAGUACCAGGUGCUGAGGAUGCAGCUGCAGCAGGAGCUGGAGCUGCUGAACGCCUACCAGAGCAAGAUCAAGAUCCACACCGACACUCAGCACGAGCGAGAGGUGAAGGACCUGGAGCAGAGGGUGUCCAUCCGCCGAGCGCUGCUGGAGCAAAGGAUCGAGGAGGAGAUGCUCUCUCUGCAGAACGAGCGCUCGGAGCGAAUCCGGACUUUGCUCGAGCGUCAGGCUCACGAGAUCGAGGCCUUCGACUCUGAGAGCAUGCGUCUCGGCUUCAGCAACAUGGCGCUGACCGGCAUCCCGGCCGAGGCCUUCAACCAGGGCUACCCGACCCCCAGCCCCUCCUCGGGCUCCAGCGGCUGGCCGUCCCGGCCCGUCCCUCGCUCCGGCAGCCACUGGAGCCACAGCGUCCAGAACUCGGUGGCCACCCCGUCCUGGCGGAGUCAGAACCACGGAGGAGGCUUCGGCCGCGCCGAGUCCAUCACCUCCUCCCACGGCCUCGGCAGGGACAGCGAGCUGCACAAGAGCGGCAGGGGCCACCCCUCCUCCACCUCUUCCUCCUCCUCCUCCUCCUCCUCCUCCAACCAUCACCAGCAGCACUACCUCCCUCAGCACUACCAACACCACCAGAGCACGCCGCAGCUCUACCGCGACAGCCAUGAGCGCGACAGCAGGGAGCGCGAGCGAGCCAGGGAGUGGGUGGGAGGAGGGGGCCACUACCCCCAUCACUCCCAGGGCCACCACCAUCAACACCACCACCACCACCACCACCACCUCUCCUCCCACGCCUCCUCCCAGUCCUUGGCUCUCCUGCCUCCCCCACCACCGCCUCCCCCCAUCUCCCUCUCCUCCUCCUCUCCUCCCUCCUCUGCCUCUUCUUCUUCGUCGUCGCAGGGAGGCUACGGAGGCGGGGGCCUGAGCGUCCGGGGCCCCAGUCUGAUGGCCCUCAGGAACAGCCCCCAGCCGCUGAGGAGGACGGCCUCCGGGGGGCCGGGGGGCGGCGGGGGGAGUGACGGAGGGCUCAGCCGGAGCACGUCGGUCACUUCUCACAUUUCUAACGGCUCUCACCUCUCCUACUCCUGAAACCCCCCCGAGGUCUCCUCUCUGCUCGGAUCUGUGGGCGUCGCUCUGCUCCUCCUAAACAAAACAAACAGGGCUGCAGGUGUUUCCAACAGAAGUAGUUCCGUUACAGACAGACAGAGAGAGAGUUUUAAGAGGCUUCGUAAAACCGGAGUACAAAUCGAUCGGACAAAAAAAACAAAACAAAUACCCCCCCAAUUUUAAAAGUGUAAAUUAAGAUCUCCUUUCUUGAAGCGUGCGAGGACUUUAAAGUUGUUCUUCGCACGCAAGAAAAGAAAGAGAGGAAGCGUUUUUUAUAGAGUCACUACAGAGCUGCCUGGUUCUGAAAGAGCAGCAGAAACACACGAGUAUUUAGCCCCCCCGAGCUUCACUGUUAACCUCUUCACACGUUUAAAGAGAUGCACAGGAACAGUGACGAAACGAAACCAUCCCAACACAAACACAAGACACGUCCACGUGUGUGAAAAUGAGCCGUGUGUUGCAAACUGAACGAGUCGAGCCGUUUUUUUUUUUUUAAGAUCUGACAAAAACAAAAACGGCCCGUUUGUUCACUCUGUGACGCACUGAAUCCGUUGCACAGUCUUGACUUUGCGGUUUAACCGCAGGAGACGCGAGUCGCCUGUCGGACCAGUUUGAGAUUCAGGUUUGAGCCGAGACCUUCGGGCGUUCAGGUUUAAAGUUGCGGCGACGAGCGGGUUUAAAUUCUUGGUUUUCAGUUUGUAUCGAACUGAGCAACACGAUGGUUGUGGAGCUUCCACUUGGCUAGCGGUGCUUUAAAAACCACUGUAACUAUGUAAAUAACGGUUAAUUGUAAACCCAGUUUUUGAUUUGUAAGUGUUUCAUACGUUCAGCGACGGGGGGCGGGAGGGAGGGCGGGCGGGCAAGGGAAGAUUUCUUGACAACACAUUUCUUUUAUUUGUAGUGAUAAGAAUUCUGUAUAUGACAAUUAAACAAAACACUGCCAUCUCUUUGCUGGGCUGAUCCAAGACAACUCUACCACUGCCCUUUAAGUCUUCUUAAAGGAACAAUCUGACAUUUAGAGAAGUGGUCGCUGUUUUACAGUCAGAAGACGAGAUUAUUAUUAUCAAUCGCUUUGAUCUCUGGGUGUUCAGAGCAGAAGUGGCUCCGUUUUUUUAUUUUAGCUUUAGCGGGAGGAAACUGUUAGCCUUCCAACAGCUGUCACAUUUACGCGCCGUGUGUGUGCAGGAAUAAAGAACGAGGCGUUAACGCUUUAACUAGCUGUUUGCUCUGUUGAGAGAAACCGCCGAGCUGUCCUCUUCAUUACGUCGUCAGCUGAAUAAAACCCUCUCGUCAAAGUAUCUGUAAUUUUAUAUUUUCAUGUCGAUACGUCGCGUUGUGAUACUGUACAUUUUUCUGUUUUAUGGAUAGAAUGACAAGACAGGGGAUGUCCAACAAAUGUAAUACCUGACUUUGAUACAAAAAUCCUGCUCGUUGAUCAUCACAGUGGUUCCUGACUUUUUGUGUCCCAUGUAUGUAUGUUUGGUUUUUUUGGGGGGGGCGUUUUCAUGCAACAGUAGACGCGUGACGUGGAAUGAAUCCACCGAGGCGCCUCCACUACAGUUCACUUAAAACUGGAUCUUUUAUUAAACACCCUUAAUCAUAUAAAAGUGAAUAUUUUAAAUCUUACUUUUUCUCCAGUAGGUUUUGGUCAAGUGUAGUUUACCGUUUAUCGUAACUUUAAACGUGAGAGAGAUCGCGCACACGUGGAUAAAUAUAGAUUUAUGGUCACUUCCCUUCUGACGACUGCAGACGGACACGUCGUCCUGGUCGUGAUGCUAAUAUUAAGACACCUUAGCAUAAACGAUACGUAGCAAUAAUUUAUAUAAAUAUCAUCACAUCGCCCACCAAUAAACUCCUCUGAUCCUCGAAGGGAUUAACUUGCAGGUGCAAUAUGAAAACAAGGCAGACGUGAAGCUGUUGGAAAGCGUUUUAAAGCAGUUCCUCCCCCCUCCUGCUUCCAGUUUCAGCCGUAAACUAAAUACGAGCGAAACUCAUCUGACUCGAGUUAAAACGGCAAAUAAGAAAACGUCCCAAAAUGUCGGAGUGCUCCUUUAAAGGGACGCUGCCAGAGAGUGUUUUUGAGUGAGCCGAGCUCUAAAUCUGCGUGCGAUGUUUGCUGAAAGUGUGUGUGUGUGUGCAGCUUACCUCCACCUGUUUCCCCCCCACAGUUCGGUCUGCAUCUGUAGAUAAGAUGUACAUGUUACAUUACAAAUUAGUACAAUUCAGUGCAUGGAACUUGUGUACAGACGGCAUUUGUAUGGAUAACAUGCACACUACCUAUUUAUAUAAAUGCGUAUAAAUGUAAGAUACCUGUGUAAAUGUAGCAGGUAUGCUGAAGAUUGUUCACUGUCCAAACACUUUGACUUGCAUUGUACUUACCAGUGUACAUAAAAGCACUAACGUCGAGGCUGUUAGAGUAAUAAUAAUGAUUAUUUUGUCACGUGAGUUUUACCGAUUUGUACUAGAUGCAGACAAAUAGAUGUUAUCAUUAUUAUUACCUCUACUGCAGUUGGAAUAUUUAUGUUGUAUGCUGAUUUCUUUUUAAAUGUAAUUGCCAAUUUUGACCACUAGGUGGGGAAUAAGCGCAAUGUUACUGUGAUAGAGCUAUAAAAACAUUUAGUUUUAUGUUUUUAAGGAGGACAAAAGGACUACCUUUCCCAGCAUUCCUGUCGAGGUCUCAGGGAAGGAGUCAACCGUUCUGGGCAGGGCUGCGUUCGACUUCUUUGUUUUUUAUUUCGAGCCAGUAUUAAAGGUCGAGCUGAAUUACGGGACGCGUUUCCAGAUUCUUUCUCUACAUUUGGUGCCAAAUUUUUCUUUUUGUCUUUUUCGCAGCCGUCAGUCGCUGCGCGGAGGACUAAAACCUGCGAAGAUAAGCAGCCCGAAGGGUUCAACGUAAAACGGUCGUAUGAAUAAAUUGUGUAAAAUAUAAAAAAUGAGCCAGCAAUUUGUGAAACACUUGCAGGAAAUUAUUAAAACUCAACUCGUUGUUAUUAAAUGUUGUUUAUAUUGACUUUUAUUGGAUUUAAUUUUCAUAAUAUUUUUAUUCCAGGUGUUUUUAUUUCAUGUCAAGUUGUUUUUUGUUUUUAUUCACAAAGUUUUAUUUCAUGAAAACGUUUGUGGGGGGGGGAAAAAUAAGCGAUGACAUAACAGUGAGUUGCGUUUUUAAUAAUUUCUUUCACAAUUUGUGGUUAAUUUAUAUAUAUUUUACAAAAUGAAUUAAUCUGACUGUUUUUUAUUCUGUAGUUAUUUGAUUUUGAACGCUCUCCAAUAACAGAGCUUCUCCAGUUAAAGGCCUCCUGCUUUGGUUUUGCACAGUGUGAAUGGGUAGAAAAACCCUCCGGUCGCUUCCUGCAGUCGCGUCCCGACGGGCCGGCCAACAUGUCCCGCCCCCCCCCGUCGCAUGUCACGUGUCACAUGACCCUCCGUCGCCGCUGCAGGAAGCUGAUCUCGGUGUGAUCUGAUGCUGUCUGUAGUUGUCACGUCUACCUCAUUUGCACUGAUAGUAAAAAGAAUGUUUGGGUGGAAAAACAAAUGCAUAUUUCUCGUAUGCAGACUUUUUUUGCUUAAAUUUUUAUUUUUUUUUUUAAGUUUCUUUCCCGUAUUUGUGCAAAUGUUGAGGAGAGAUGCUGCGCGAGACAGAAGAGUCCUCAGUAACAUCUUCGGCGAUUUUUUUUUUUAAAAAUCAGAGUGGAAGCUGUUUGUUUUUAAAUGUCCCCUCCGCUGACUCGUCUUUACGGGACGCGCUGGACUUUAAUCCCACGCGGAGACGCUCGAGACGCUCUGCUGGGUGAAAACGUGCGUUGACCUCUGCGGACGGACGUGUUGGGUGUCUGCUGGCUGCGGGAGGAUGAACUCUCGCUCCUCCCCGUCCUCAAAAAAAACACAAAAAAAACACAACCUCAAAACGUUUGAACCGUGAGAUUUCAUUUUGCCAACUUGUUUUUCUUGUUUUUUAAAAAUGCAUUAUUUUGUAAUGAGUUUCCGUGCUGACCAUUCCUCUAUUGUGUUAUAUUUUUUUAAAUUUUUUUGCCAAUUAAAGCUGCACUGGGGAAGAUCCGGUCCAGAUGGCUCCGGCAGAGAGGCCCGGAGACGUUUCUGAUGCUGGAGGCAGACAAACGUGGUUCACCCACAUCAGGAUUUCUGUGUUUUCAUGUUGUCAACCCUUAGAGGAACAUUUUUGGGAAAUGUUCAUGUUUGCUGUCAGAUGAGAAGAUGCGUUUCAGUGUAAAACGGCAACUAAUGUUUUUUUUUUUUUACUAUUGUCGAUUUAAUCUGCAGGUUAUUUUAUUGUUUUGGUUGAUAAAAUGUCUGAAAAUAGUGGGGAAAAUGCCAAAAGGUGACGUCUUCAAUUUUGUCCAACUCAAAAACACAAAUAUUCAGUUUAGAGUUCAAACAGUUAGUCGGUUAAUGGUUUAAUUAAUGGACUGAACUAGUUGGAAACUGAUUUUUGAGCAAAAAUGCCAAAAACUUCUGCGGUUCCAGCUUCUCAAAUGUGAGACUUUUCUGCUUUUCUCUGUUUUUUUAUCUUUUGUAUAGAAUAUUUUUGGCUUUCGGACUGUCGGUCGGACAAAACAAGACUUUUAAAGACGUCGCCCAAACUUUGAGGAGCAUUUUUACAGUUUUCUGCCAUUUUAUAGCGUAAAACAAUCGAUAAUUGAAGAAAUAACCUGCAGGCUAAACAGUAAUGAAAAUCAUAAAUUGCAGCCAUAGAUUGUUGAUCUAAGGCUAUUUAUUAUUAUUUUCUCAAUUAAUUAAUUUUUGAUUUAUAAAAACGUCUUCAACUGUCUUUUUUUUUGGUCAAAGAUUUUCAGUUUAUCGUCACUUAAAACAGAAAAAAGUAGAAAAUUCUUCAAAUUUAGAAGCUGGAAAAUUGGCUUAAACAAAUAUUAGAUUUUGCUGAUUAAUUUUCCAUCAGUUGACGUAUUGAUCAACUUAUUAAUUCAGCUGUUAUUUGUUAUUAGAUUAUAAAGUUGUUGCCAUAUUAGUUUUGGCGUUUUCUCAGUCUGCUCUGUGGUGCGUUCGAGGACAGUUUGACAUUUGAAGCAUUAAAGCAAAUUUAGUCGAGAAGGAAAACGAUAAUCGCUGUGAAAAGGAUGCGAUUUGGUUGAAAGUGCUGCUUCUCGGUUUCAGUCUGCUCACGACUCGAUGGCAAACAAGCAGAUUUCCCAGAAUGCCGUGCUGUUGUUGUUAUUCCUUUCUUUCAUGUCAUGUGGGUCCGUAAGUUUCCUGGUGCAGUUUUUAAAAAUGUUUCUGUGGGACAAAGUUCAGUGUUGCUGCCUCGGCCCCCGAAGGCAGGAAACGCCCCCCGACAGACUGUUGUUUGUGGCCAGCAGGUUAAUAAACUGACAGGAAGCUCAGCUGUGGUGAUGAGGAGGAUGAAGAUGGCGGUGGUGGUGGUGGUGGAGCAGGAUGCAUGUGUGUCUGUCAGACUUGAGAUGGAUUUGAAACGGUGUUUUACGGCCGGAGUCGAGCUGAAGAUGUUCAGGUUCAGUGCAAAAUGUUUGGAGGAGGAAAAAGUCGAGUUGUACAGAAACGUAACAAAAUAAUUUUGGAGAAAUAAAUGAACAAAAAACGGA